AUGGACUGCUUUUCGAGAUUCUUCUUCUUCUCCACUACACUCAACGUUUCCUCAUUUUUCUUUUCUUUUACUUAUUCUACUUGUAUUUUUAUUUUCUUCUCGUUCUUGUUUGCUUUUCCCUUCUCCCACCACUUUCCCUUCUUCUCCCACCACUCUCUCUUCUUCUCCCACCACUCUCUCUUCUUCUCCCACCACUCUCUCUUCUUCUCCUGUUACAUAACGACCUCUUUAGCUGCAUCUACUUACUUAAAGUAUGCAGACAAAUCGUCCGAUGCCGUCAAAACUUUUGGAUAUGGCCAAGAGGGUAGUGUGAAACAUAGAUUCCUAUCUAUCUAUCUAUCGAUCUAUCUAUCUGCAUUCAUUGUGAAACAUAUAUUCUUAUUUUUCCUUACCCUCUCACCUAUCAAUUUAAUUUAUUUGCAAUCAUUUUUAUUUGCUUUAUUUUUCAUUUUGAAAUUGUUACGUAUUCAUUAUUUCGCUUUGCCUUUUUCCUCACAUUCGAUUUUUCUUCCCUCCUUUCUUCCUUCUCUUUUUGUUCUCUUCUUUCUCCCUUCUCUUCUUUCUUCCUUCUCUUCUUUCUUCCUUGUCUUCUUUCUUCCUUGUCUUCUUUCUUCCUUGUCUUCUUUUUUCUUUCCCUUAUUUCUUCCUUCGCCUCUUUCUUCCUUGUCUUCUUUCUUCCUUCUUUUUUCUUUCUCUUCUUUCUUCCUUGUCUCGUUUUCUGCAAAGAACGCUUAG